GAGCAUUGUAUUUUGGAUUAGCAAGGACUGAUCCAGAUACGCAUAAAGGAUUAUAAAACAGCGAAAGUCUUUAUCGAUGCAUUAUGUUCUGCAUUUGACUGGACUUUACACAAGGAUCUGAGUGUUACGUGCAGUAUUUAGAUGACCUGAAGAGGGCAGCAAUACGCCGUCGUUGCAUAUAGUUUGUCUCGAAUUAUACACGAAGAAGAACGUAGCCACACUCGCCGUAGCCUACCGUCCAGAAGCAAAACACGCAGUCGGAUUGUGUCGCGUUUGUAUCUGAAAGCUUGCUCUGUCAUUAAAAAUGGCUGAUGAAGAAUUAGAAGCCAUUAGGCGGCAACGUAUGGCAGAACUGCAGGCGAAACAUGGGGAUCCUUCUAGUGACCAGCAGGGGCAGCAGGAGGCCAAACAGAGAGAGACGGAGAUGAGAAACUCUAUAUUGGCUCAAGUCUUGGAUCAGUCUGCCCGUGCCAGGUUGAGUAAUUUGGCUCUUGUGAAGCCAGAUAAAGCGAAAGCAGUGGAGAAUUACUUGAUACAAAUGACUCGCUUUGGACAGCUUGGAGGAAAAAUUACAGAGGCUGGACUAAUAGAGAUCCUGGAGAAAGUCAGCCAACAAACAGAAAAGAAAACGACUGUAAAAUUUAACCGACGACGGGUAAUGGACUCGGAUGAUGAGGAUGAUGACUGAUAUGCAGGUGUCACGAGUCAGCUAGGCUUUCUGUCCUCAUGGUACUGCUGACCAGGACAUUACAGUGACUGACAGAUCAGUUGCAUUGCCCAAAUUACAAUCACAGCCAAAGAAUUUUGAUCUGCGCUGACACAGGAACUCGGUUACUGUUUUUCACUUUUAGUUUAGCAGAUUUACUUCAUUCAACACAUUGCAGCAAAGCGGCUACAUAUUUAGAGACUUAUUUUGUGAAAACAGUGGACAAUUCUGAUCUGUUAUUGCAAUAAUUGGAACUUACCCUUACCUUUGAUUGUGUGGACUUGUUUUGAAGAAACCUAUACGUGCAACUGUUUACAUAAUAAAAGGCCUUAAACAAAAAUGAA